AUGCUUGAAUUUCCAGCUCAAUUUCUCCUGAUGGCGGAUACCAGCUCCGAUAGAGCUGAUCGGCCGCGCUCCGACGGGGCCUUAUCAUCCGACGAAGAAGACUUCGUUUCGAGCCAAAGCACUACCUCAGUGGAUCCGGAGUGUCUAGUCAAACGCCACCUCUCCUUAUUUCCGAGGCUGGCCCUCGAAGCGAAUUCAAGUGAAAGCUCGGACCAGAGCGCGACUCGGACUUCCACACCUGGCACUGCAGCCUCCGUCUAUACCGCGUCAAGCUUCAAACCAACAGUCAAGAGCCCGAUGCAGCUUCUAGAAUUGCCCUUGGACGUGUUAAAGGAUAUUAUCAAAGAGGUCACCCAGACAAAUGAUCUUACCUCCCUCGCCUUAACAUGCUCUACACUUCAUGGCCUGACAGUCCCACACAUGUACUCCCGAUUCGAUAUCGUCUGGCCUGAAUCUUUGAACUCUUCAGGCGAUGACUAUUCGGGGGUGGAUGCCUUGUCGUACGGCCUAUCGACUUUGGUGAUGGGAGAAGACGUCUUUCAUCAUGCGCCGUUGGCAAGAUUCGAUCGACCUUCAGAUGACUGCUCUCAUUGCGGAUGUGAUAUUCCACGCCAUCGGACGCAUCAGACAGGUAGUAGUAUCGGUCGAUCUCUAGCUCGACGAGGAAAUCAUUAUGCACAGUACACCCGCACCUUUUCCAUCGGCAAUGGUCCACUAAGCUGGGUCCAAGAGUAUUCAGUGAAUCGAGAGGUAGGAAAGAUGCUGGGGACACUGGUCGCCCUAGCUGUGGCGCGGAUGAUCAACCUUGAGGCUUUUAUAUGGGACAUGCCGACAGGAGUGGUUCGUGAAAUAUGGCUUGCCCUUGCCUCCCUGGCCGACGGACCCCAUGAUCAAUGUCGACUGGAGCGUAUUUGGGUGCGGUGGCAUGACAAUUCCGAGAAUAUUCAACGCAUCUCAGCAGUGCUGAGCUCCGGAAGCCGCCUGCUACAGAAGUACAAGCAUGUCGAGCAUCCCUCCCUAUCUGUGCUACCGCCGCUCAAGAGUGUAGCCGUUCUCGACAUAGAUGAGAUGGCUUAUGUUGAGGAGCUAGCUGUCUUGAUCGAACGUUCUCGUCAUCGGUUGGUCGAGUUACGGAUCGGCGUUGCAUUGAAGGCCCACCUGUCUCCUUGGGUGGUUUGUGCCAAAGAUACCGACCCGCCCACUGACUGCAAUCUAAGCUGGCCAAGGGUUGGAGGAAUUCUCAGCAUUCUAUCCAACCGUAAUACUUUGUCUCAUCCGAAAAAUUCCUCCUGCGACUUGCUGCAGUCAGACGCGUCCACGGAGAACGACACCAGGAGCGAAGAUCAUAUUGCUCGGCAGGGGUCGAGCUCCUCGUCAUCUCUCGAUCAACGACCUUCUAUUAGUGCCAAUGACAGUACAUCAUCGUCACCACCUAGCUCAAAUAUUACUGCUCCUAAGGCAUGCGGUCCCAUAUAUGGACCACAGAAUAGCGAUGAAAAGUUAAACCUCGAGGUCCUGGAAUUGGAACGAGUCCCUCUCUCUAUAUCACAUCUUUUACCCCAGCUUGACUGGACCCGCCUUACCACUCUCACUUUGAUGCGUUGCGAGGAACACGAAAAUCUUUGGAGGGCUCUUCGCCGAAAGUAUGCGCCCCCUCAGCCACCGCAGAAACGACCACAGAAAGGGGAACGACGUCGAUCAAGCCUCAGUAGGUAUGAUUAUUCGCUCAAUAUUAAGCACCUGCGCACAGAUACCGUCACUCCAUACCUGAUGCUUUUCAUCAAAGACGCCCUCGCCCCGAAUACUUUAGAAAGCGUUUACUUACACGAAGCCCCAACCUUUGAGUCAAACGUCAAUAUCGAAGCUAUCUACCGCCAUAUUCUUCGAAAGCAUCGUCUAAGUCUCCGAAAGGUUCUCAUUGAUGCCUCCGAGCGGAAUGGAAACGUAGACAGUCUGAGCACACGUUGGCACAAGUGGAUGUUCAACCAGGAAAUGGUGUCUUUUGUCACUAGCGGACGAAUGCCCCAACUCAGAGAGUUGGGAAUGGCCAUGCACUAUCGCGAUUGGCACUAUUUCCUGCAGAGACUUCCAAAGAUGCCCCAACUACGCGCCUUAUACUUGCCUCGUAUUAGCCACUCCGUUCAUCGCGAUCUGAAAGAGCUCGCAUUACAAGUUCUGGAUAUCGUUAGCAUCCGUCCCGAUCUUAAAAUCACUUACAUUGGUUUGCAAUCGAAAUGCUACCAAAUUCUUGAGAAGAAUGGGCCGAGCAACCCUACCGAUUCGGAUGGAUCCCAAUCAAUGAAUUCCAACUUCCACUCUGGUAGUGACGGCCUCGCCGCUUUUGACGACGAGACCAUGGAUACUAGUGACGACGAUCAGGAUCUCCCAGACAACCAUGAGCUUCUUUCUGGCUUUUCUGACGAAUCCGAUAGCGAGUUGGAGGAAAAUGGCGCUAGUCGCGUUCAUUUCAAAUUACAGGAAAUCCUCUUUUACGAUGAUAAGAUAUCCAUUUUCAAGGCCCGUCAUGGUGUGAUUUGA